GCAAAAGGCUAUCCUUACAACAUAAAAGUGCAAUUUUGGUGUGAACCUGCAUUAAAAAAAAAAUUACGAAUUAUAAUCGAGAUGGCAAGCCUGAAGUGUAUAAUUGUGUUAACGAUUGUGUUAUGCGCAAGCUCAGCAUUAGCCCGACCAGGAUAUGCACUGGAUUAUUAUAACCAUCCCAAAUACGCCUUCAACUAUGGUGUAGCCGAUCACACAACUGGCGACGUGAAGUCACAACAUGAAACACGCGAUGGCGACGUUGUCAAAGGUCAAUAUUCGCUCGUCGAACCUGAUGGCUCUAUUCGCACUGUGGACUACACUGCCGAUGCGAUAAAUGGUUUCAACGCAGUGGUAACUAAAUCUGGGCCCACAGUACAUGCGCAAGCGCUCGUUCCCGCACCACAUUACGAACCGGCUGCAGUGGUGAAACAUGUAGCGCCAGCGCCCAUAGGGCCCGCACCAGCGCCGUACGGCAUUGACACAUAUCGCAUGGUGAAGUUAUUGCGCCGCCACGCCCACAUCAACAAUAAUCAAGUGCUCAGAUUUCGCCCAGACGAUGGUUAUGCAGACUAUGAUGAUGAUUGCGAUGCUCAUAAUUAUUAUUGCUAA